AUGAGCCUAUGUGGUAAAAAUGGCGAGACUGUGGUCCAGAAACUCAGUUCCCAAUUUUCUUUAUCCCCUAAGGAAAAGGAGUGCAUUGAAAAUUUCCUCAGUUCUGUCGGCGCAUCUUCUUUAAUAGCCGACAAUGAUGCUCAAGCGUGUCGUUUUCUUGCCGCACGCAAAUUUAACGUUAAAGAGGCUGUUGAUCUUUUUCAUUCUUAUGAAGCCUUUCUUAAAUCGGAGGGCAUUACUCUCAUCAACCCAUUCGAAGAGAGCGUGCGUCGCGAGCUAUUAUCAGGAAAAUUUACAAUUUUGAAUGAUAAUGACCAGGCAGGUGCACGGGUUGCUCAAUUUUUUGUCCGCCUUCAUCGGCCGACAAAGAGCACACACAAAGCCUUCCUCCAAUCCGUAAUCUUUCAACUCAAUGCUGCUCUUCGAAAAGAAACAGCCGCUCGGAACGGAAUUAUCUUGAUCUAUGACAUGACAAACUCAAAGUAUUCAAAUUUUGACGCAGACCUAUCCAAAAAGCUGUUCAAUAUGCUCAAAUCCUGUUUUCCGAUUCGUUUGAGGCGAAUAAUCGUGCUGACUGCUCCUUUGUGGUUCCGUGCGCCUUUUCAACUUCUGCGCGUUUUUAUUAAGGAGGAAUUACGAGAUCGCGUCCAUGUCAUGCGUCCCUCUCCCGGUUCUCGACUGGCUUCCCUUAGUAACCCAGAUCCUGCAGUGGCCAAGAGGGAUCACUUCGCUUGGCUUAAUGCUGCAAUUACUGAAACAGCGCCUUUUGCCACUACCAAUCCUAGUGAACUCUUGUACAGUACUAAUCUGGGCCUCGCCACACCUCGUCAACCUGCCACCGUAGCCACCUUCUUUAAUGUCUCUUCCUCAAAUGGUACUGAUAGCAAUACUAACACCCUUGAUCGGUCGGGCCGUUCAUCAUCGUCGGUUAGUGACACCGGAGGAGACACUGAUGCGGGAGCGGUUCCCCUGGGAGAUGAUGAGAGUCUCAUGGCAGAGAUUGGCUGCUGUUCCCCCAACUGGGAUCCCUUUGCGCUCUCUAGCUCCCAGUCGAGUGAUGCCGAGUCGGUUAAUAAUGAUGGUUCACUAGAGGGGUCGUCGAGGAAGAAUGUCAUGUCAAUGUCGUGUAGUCCGGUGGUUUCGGCGAAUAUCGCUGGUGCUUCUUCUCUGAUGAAUGGAGAUACUUGUAAAGACCAACCUCCGGGUUCCAAAACACUAACUGAAGGGACACCCACACCUCCGGCCAAACCUAAAUUUCCUACUAGUUGCCUCCCAAUCAACAAUAUUCAAUCAGUCAGUGAUCCCGCUUCAGUCACAACUCCCACAUCGGCAAGGCUUACCUCUUCUGCUGCUGUUCUUGUUGGUCAGAGUGUCAAAAGUGGUAGUGUUGGGAAUCUUCACAAUUACCUAGCUUCCUGCAAGGAACCGAGUGCUAAAAAGGCGCCUUUAGCCUCACAGGACGAUUUAACGUCUUUGAUAAUGAUGACGGCAGCGGAGGAUAGUGGCACUAUUCGAAAGGAGAAGAGAAGUAAACAUGCAGCUAAUUCUUCGACUUCUCUCUCUUCUACCUCUUCACAUUCUCUCGGCCCCAAGUCGGGCGUUCAUCCUUCUGAUCUAAUACCAUUCUGGGCUAUGGAUCGUCCCUCUGGACCAUCCAUUCACGAGGGUCCCAGCAUACCCAACACUUCUUCAGCUCCCUCCGUUUCUCAUCGCCAUUCUUCAGAAGAUAACGAUUCUCAGUCCGAUAAGUUCUUUUGUACCGGUGAACCCUCUCCAGCACCCACCUCCAGCUCUCCUACCUCUCUUCGUUCUCGAAAUCUCCAGUCUCAUGACCCCGAUUCUCAGGUGAAUAAUUCAGUGAAAUGUUCUGCUAAUGACCAUCAAGACGAAGAGAGUGGUCAUCGCCAGGAAACAGAGCAUGAAGGGCAAGCCAUGGAAGUGGAUUAUGAACAGGAGGAAGAGGAGGAGAGCUACGACAACGAAGAUGACACCAACGAUGAUGGUGGUACCUCCCAGAAUGAGGGAAGUGACAGUGAUGACGAUAAUGAUGAGUCGAUGGAUCUAGAUCUGGAUAGUCUCUGGAUGACCCCUGAUCAGCUAGUCAAUCAUGUUGUUGAUGUGGGAGUUAAUGGACUCUAUGAGGAGUAUUCAGCUAUUGGAAAUAUCAAAACGGAUGAUCCUUGCACGGCCUUUCGACGACCGUGCAACUCAUCAAAGAACCGAUACGUUGAUGUGACAUGUUUAGAGCAUAGCCGCGUGCAUUUGAGAUCGCAUCAACAAAAUCCAACAACUUCUCUCAAUGCAUCAUCAGGUUUGACAACAAGUGGAAAGUCAGUGUCUCGAGCAGAUAAACAAGUGCCAAUAUACAUACAUGCCAAUUGGGUGGACAGCUACCGACAGCGCAAUGCCUUCAUUUGCACUCAAGGUCCCCUUCAAGACACUUCUGGUGACUUCUGGUUCAUGAUAUGGACUUACAAUGUACCUGCUAUCGUGAUGAUUACACGAUGUUACGAAUCGCAGCGCUGCAAGUGUUUUCAAUACUGGCCCGCAAUAGAAGGUCAAUCCCUACGUUUUACCACAAUAUCUCCAAACGCCACCUCUGUGGUGACAACAGGCUCCUCUGGUUGGGGUGGAAUUGGGGCCACUGGUGGCUCUGCAAACAGUGGUACCUUGGCACCGAGCAAAAAGAAGACACUCUGUGGUCUGACUCGACGCUCUGCUAGUGAAGUCAGCAAUUCGAACAAGUUCGUCUUUGAAGUAACACACUUGAGUUCACAAUCCGGGGAGGAUUACACUUGCACGAAACUCAAUCUUAAAGAUAUAAAGUCUGGCCAAAGCCGAAUUAUCGAACACUACGCCUUCCAUUCCUGGCCCGAUCACGGUGUUCCCUCAGACAGUUCCGCUCUUCUUGAACUCCUCUCAACAGUCCAGAGCGAAUAUGCUUCAACCAUCAAACGUGAAUUGGGCUACGACUCUUCCUUUGACACUCCCAUCCCUCCUCCUCCUAUUGUUGUCCACUGCAGUGCUGGGAUUGGUCGAACCGGUACCUUUAUUGCUCUUGAUGUGAGUACCAAACAACUUGUGGAGUUGGGCAAAGUAAAUGUACCCCUUACAGUAGCACGUAUCCGAUCACAGCGUUCGGGGUGCGUGCAGGUCUCAGCGCAAUACCUCUUUGUGUAUCGGGCCCUGAUUGAUUUUGCUCUAGCGAAAGGGCUUAUUAACCCAUCUGCAUCCAGUGCAGCCACUGUGGCUCAGAGACAACUAAGUGCUUCUACUCGGCCAUCUAUGCCCUCCGUGGGUCCAACUGGUUCCCUCCCCAUGGAUGCUAGUCUUCUUUCAGUUCUCGCUGCUGCCUCACAACAAAGUGGUAGUGGUAGUGCAAGCAGUGGGAGCUCUGAGAACGAUGCAGCUCACUUUGGGGCACUUAUGAGACUCGUUCGUGGCUAUAUGUCCUCCGUCCGAGGUGCUAUCGACAUCAACGUCGACGCCAAUAGGCAACAACAGCGGAUCUCAACGGAACUUGACUACGAAACCGAGGAGACGCAGACUCUUCCAGUGGCGGCAUCGGAGGAGGACGACGAAGUAGAAGGAAUCGAUGCGUCGUGUGACGAAGGAGGCCCGAACUCAACCGACGAACCGAAAUUGGCAGAAAUUCCCACUGAAGAGGAAGAGUUAGCAGAAGCAAUGCAGACAGAAGAACUAGCCCCUCCAAUUCUUUCAUCCCCACCCUCCGGUAUACCUCAGACAAUAGGCAACUGUAAUGAAGAACAACAACAGACAGUUGUCAUCGAAAAAUCCACAGCCUUCUAUUAG